AUGUCCCGGCGCAAGCAGCCCAAGCCCCAGCACCUCAACUCCGAGGAGCCCCAGCCCGAGCUCCGGGCAUUGGCGGAGGCGGCCCGGCAGGUGGCUGCGUGGGAACCAGGGGGGCCAGGUUGCCACUUCAAAACUGUCCAUGGUAUGAAAGAUUUGGACCGCCACCUCAGAAUUCACACAGGAGACAAACCACACAAGUGUGAGUUCUGCGACAAGUGCUUCAGCCGGAAAGACAACCUGACCAUGCACAUGCGUUGCCAUACCAGCGUGAAGCCCCACAAGUGUCACCUCUGUGACUAUGCAGCUGUGGACAGCAGCAGCCUCAAGAAACACCUGCGGAUACAUUCUGAUGAGCGACCGUACAAAUGCCAACUCUGCCCCUAUGCCAGCCGCAACUCCAGCCAGCUCACCGUCCACCUCCGGUCCCAUACCGGGGACACCCCCUUCCAGUGCUGGCUCUGUAGUGCCAAGUUCAAAAUCAGCUCGGACUUGAAAAGGCACAUGAUCGUGCACUCGGGGGAGAAGCCUUUCAAUCACACAUCCGCAUCAAACACACCUUCAAGUGUCUGCACUGCGCCUUCCAGGGCCGGGACCGGGCCGACCUCCUGGAGCACAGCCGGCUACACCAGCGCGGCCGCCCUGCGCGUGCACAGCAGGGUCCACUGCAAGGACCGCCCCUUCAAGUGCGACUUCUGCAGCUUUGACACCAAGAGGCCCAGCAGCCUGGCCAAGCACAUCGACAAGGUGCACAGGGACGAGGCCAGAACGGAGAACCGGGCCCCGAUGGGCAAAGAGGGGCCCCGAGAGAGCAGUUCCCAACACAUGGCCAAAAUAGUGACUCAGAGGGCCUUCCGCUGCGAGACCUGUGGCGCUUCCUUCGUCAGGGACGACUCGCUGAGAUGCCACAAGAAGCAGCACAGUGACCAGAGUGAGAAUAAGAACUCGGACUUGGUCACCUUUCCACCUGACAGCAGUGCCUCUAGCCAGCCUGGCACCGUGGUCUCCGUCGGGCGGCUUGAGGGACCCCUGGAGCCCAGCCAAGACCUCUAG